UUAGUGUGAAAAUAAAAGAGGAGAUCAUGGCUAGAUUUAGCUAUACUGUGACGAUCAUCAGUAUCGUAUUGAUGUGUGUUUUGGCAGAAGAAUUCUACUCUAAUCAAUACGACAACAUUGACGUCGCGAGUAUCCUUCAGAACGAUAAAUUGCGAGAACAAUAUUAUAAUUGUCUUAUGGAAACAGGACCAUGUCGGACAGCAGAUGCAAAGUUCUUUAAAGAGGUUGCUAGCGAAGUUCUCCAAACUAAAUGUAAGAAAUGCAAUGAAAGACAAAAAGAAAUAAUGAAUUCAAUAGUAGAUUGGUAUACAAAAAAUAGACCUGAACAGUGGGAAGCUUUUGUUGCAAAGACUAUUGAAAAUCCAAAAAAGAAAAACGCUGGCACAUAAUUGUUGACAAUUACUGAAAUAACGAGGAGAGAACGGAAAAAAUCGAAAAUUAAUUAAUU